AUGGUUACAUUCUGGGAUAGAGGAUACUCGGCUGCGCAAGUUGAUGCGCAAACUACACUUUUCAUGGAACUAGGUGGUCACAAGUUAUUACUUGAUCUAUAUACAAGUAAUAAUAAGCGAAUGGAAGAUGCUGCAACCGUCAUUCUCAAUUAUGCACUCAGCCUACCACACAUUGACGAUCUUGUUAAGUUUUACGCCACGAACGAAACGUGUGUGGAUGUUUUUGCGAAAUUGUUGGGACCGGCUGGUGGUCGAUAUCUCGAAUAUAUCUGGAGAGACACACCAACGCAGAGAGUGACAUGUAACAACCUUGGAUUUCUGUCAAGAACGUUCGAAUCAAGAAAAUUGAUGAUACCUAAAAUCAUUCCGGUUCUCCAAUCGAACAUAUUAUCCAUUGAGGAUCACCCAAGCAAUUUCACCGCGUACAUGGCUAUCGCACUGCUUCUUGGAAGUAGCGAUCGUCCGGAAGAUUUAGCUAUAAUUUCCAAGAGGGAAGUCAUCGACGACAUUGUGUACGCUUUCAUAAACGAACAAAGUCGAGUUGCAGCUGAUAGUUGGCCACUAAAAAUGAUGACACCACCAUUACGAAGUCUGGCUAUCAACGAGAAGAACAGAAAGAUUCUAGCAGAAUGUGGUAUAGUGAAACCAUUGGUUGAAAAACUUGGAGGUAGCCAAGUUAAGGAACAUUUUAAGACAAUGGAAAACACUGUCGGGUUGCUCGUCAAUUUGGCUUUUGAUCGAGAAAUUGCAGAAGAAUUAAAAUCUGCCGGGGCGAUUGACAAGCUAAAAGCCCUGCAGAAAAGUGAGAUGUGCAUCGGUGAGGCAAAAAAGGUAGUCGAAGAAGCAUUGUGGAUUUUAGAGGAUGAACAGAAGAAAAGAGCAGCAAUCAAUUCAAGCAGAAGCUCAGCAAAAGAACAAAAACACAUUAUGCUUUCUUAUUGUUGGGCACAACAACCAAUCGUGUUGAAAAUUAGAGACUUUUUGAGAAGCAAAGGAUACAAAGUCUGGAUUGAUGUUGAACAAAUGGCCGGUAGCACACUUUCAGCGAUGGCUGAGGCUGUGGAGAAUGCAGAGGUAGUUUUGAUUGGCAUGUCACAAAGAUACAAAGAAUCAGAAAACUGCACGGUCGAAGGCAAUUACGUCUUCGGACAAAAAACUAAGUUCAUUCCGUUAAUGUUAGAAGAACAGUACAAUGCGACUGGUUGGCUCGGUGCGAUGGUUGGUAGUAGACUCUGGUACGAUUUUAGCAAGGAGGAAAAAUUCACAAAAUCUGCAAGACAGCUUCACGAUGGGCUACUGAAAGCCAUGGAUCAACCGAGGCAACCAGAACAACAUAGUACUGGGCCAAUUACAGUUUCGGUCGAUGCGGAAGCGGCAACUCGAAAAGAUGUCGGAAAAUUACAUGCAACCACCGUAAUUCCCGCGGCCUCAAAAUGGGACAAGAUCAAGGUGGGAGCUAGUAUUUUACGUAUGCUAGAAAACAUCGUGGGACAAAAUGAUUUUCGUGAUGGGUUAAGAACAUAUUUGAGGCAAAACGCAUUUGACGUUGGAAAUCCAGACGAUUUUUAUAACGAUUUUACAUUUCCAUACCCUUUAACUGGCAAAGAAUUUGUGAAAAAUUGGUUAGGAGAACCAAAUUUUCCAUUGCUAAAUGUACAUAUGACAUUAACCGAUAAUCGAAUAGUAUUAAAUUUUACUCAAAGCGCUUUUUAG